GCUUUGGUUCGAGGGCAAAUCUAGUAAGCUAGGACAGAGUCUAUUAAUAAACGUUUGGGGUGCCCGUAGUACCUGGCCGGCGCGCUUGGUGCCGUCCGACGCGUCCCGCACGCGUCCCGCUUGCGUCCACAAACUCAGCAGAUACGCGCGUCUCGACGGCCGGCGUCUCAGUGUCGUCGCGACGACCGACGUCGUACUCACAUAUUUUCACUGAGCGUGCUGCGGUGCUCCGUCCCCUAUAUUAUUUUAUUAUUAUUAUAUUUUUAAUUAUUACAACUUCCUGUGUAAAAUAUUCUUCAAUCAAUACGAUAUUGAUUAUUAUAUUGAUACGGUUAAAUCGAAUACGAAUAUACUCUAAUCGAAUAGUCUCGUGCGCGCGUGUUAAAAAUCAAUCAACAGUUAUUCGUUUGGUAUAUCGAUAGUAAUUGUCCAGAUCUAAGAAAAUUCGAGUCGAUAUUCGUUGAUCGUUAAAUCGUCCCUUUCGAGGACGUUAAAAACGUCGAGGGAAAGGAAAGGGACGGAAAGGGAAAGGGACGGAAGACGCGUUAUUCCGGCCGCGAGUGUUUGACGCUCGCGUGUGCAGAUGAGGCCACGAUCGAUCUGCGAAAGGGUGGCGGAGGAGUAUCGCGACGAGGAGUAUCGUCACGGGUACUACGAGAAUCGGUGCUUCUGACAACCGGACGACCGGAGGGACAGACAGACGGUAGUGUGCCACAACAGUCGCGGUGCUUGCGAAUACUCGAUGGAUGAGUUCCAUCCAUUCAUUGAGGCCCUCCUACCAUUCGUGAAGUCUUUCUCGUACACGUGGUUUAAUCUACAAGCCGCCAAGAGGCGUUACUAUAAGAAACACGAGAAACGGAUGAGUCUCGAAGAGGAACGUCAGUGUAAGGAGGAGCUCCAAAACGAAAAGCUGGAGGUUAAACAGAAAUGGGCCUCACGGCUUUUGGGAAAGUUACGAAAGGAUAUAACGCAAGAGUACAGGGAAGACUUCGUGUUGAGCAUAACGGGGAAGAGGCCAGCCAUGUGUGUCCUCAGCAAUCCUGAUCAAAAAGGCAAAAUGAGGAGGAUAGAUUGUUUGAGGCAAGCCGAUAAGGUAUGGCGAUUGGACCUGGUUAUGGUGAUUCUCUUCAAAGCAAUUCCGUUGGAGUCGACGGACGGGGAACGGCUUGAGAAGACCGCGGAAUGCGCUCAACCGGGCCUCUGCGUCAACCCCUAUCACAUCAACGUCUCCGUCCGGGAACUCGAUCUCUACCUCGCCAAUUUUAUCACCAGUCACGCGUCCAUACUGCAUGACCUCAGCGACAUGCAGCCUCAAAUAAACGCGAUCAAAAUAGAGCACCCGCCGUACUACUGCAGCAGCUACACCCCUCCAUCCGCAGCCACGGCCGCGGAUCAUGCUCAACCUGCGGCUACCUUCAGUCCACCACCGGUACACCAGCUGAUUAGAAACGACAAGACUGAAAAAGCCCCAACUGUCUCGGUUUCGAGUGCGGCAACAUUUUCCCCAGUUCUCAGACCAGAGGAUGGUCAUCGUGGAAUGGAUUCACCUCAUUCGCAGACGGGAUUGCACUCACCCCACGAAGGAAUGGCCGGUGGUUCCGGUCAAAGUAUGUCCGGUCUCGCUUACUAUCAACCUGAACAUCCUGCAUCUACGGGAGUGGUCAAGUAUCCGGAGAACGGUCACGAUACGCUUUCCGAUUUCGUGACGUUUGUCUGUCAAGAAGCUGAAAAUACCCAACAACUACCCCAGGCGCAGCUAGCGGGACCGCGUACUGGCAUACAAAAGUUCUCACAGUAUUAUCCGAGUUCGAUGUUACCUCCACCACCACCUGCACCCAUGGCGAGACCGGUAGCGAUCAUCAGGUCAACGGGGGAGUUGACUGGCACGAGCGCCAAUUCGCCCCCCACUUCGUCAACAUCUCCAACGGAUCAGGCCGAACUUGGGCCCAAUCAACAGGAACAGAUGGCAGCAGCUGCGGCCGUUGGAUUGGUCAGUUCGGCUUGUCAGAAUUCCGUCGAUCCGGCUGGUAGAAAAAGUCCUGCGAGAAUUCUCGUCACAGCACCGCACACCAGCAGGGAAUACACCUUUGCUCAUUUUCAUUCUCAACCUGGACAACAAAUCUUUACCUAUCCAACUAUCAGUUCGAUGUCAGGGGUAAUAUCUCCGACGAAUCUCUCGCUGUUCUCGUCUCCCGUUUCGGUGACGAGACCAGUAGCCACCCAAAGGUCGGUCUCGAACGUACCACCACGUUGGAAUACAACACCGUUUAUCAACCUCGAGGAUGAUUAUAAUAUGAUAGCACCUAUCAUCGCGGGAACGACCAGUGAACCACCGCCACAGAUGGACGAAGAUCGUUAUUUCCAUCCGGUUCAUACGAGCAGCGUGGUGGACAAAACUGGUACGGGUAAUUUAAUGGGAACCGAUUUAGGCGUGGCUACCGAUCCCACGUCCCAUCAUCAUCAACAACAACAGCAACAACAACAACAACAACAACAACAGCAGCAACAGCAACAACAACAACAACAGCAACAGCAGCAGCAGCAACAACAGCAGCAAGUGAUGCAAGAUAAAACCGGUAGGCCCAAGUCUCCCCCGUGACACUGGGGUCUUCGACCGGAAAGUCUUGCGACUUCAGCAGCGCCAUGUUGUUCCACGGGGUCGUUUCUCACUCCCAUCCACGAUAACAGUAACCAAUUAUAUCACCCCGAUAUUAUUGAGGGUGAACAUCCGGAUUCCUCCUGUCGCGUCCAACGACGCGAUCUGAGUUUUCGGAGAAUCGAGUGCCUGAGAGUCUGAACGUACUAUAUAUAUAUAUAUUAUUUGAAAUAAGCGUAAAGACCUUUGAGAUAGAUACUUACUUUUUCUCAUAAAAAAAAAGGUUCGUUCGACAUUUUGAUUCCUCGAACGAACCCCGCUAGUAACUUAACUAACCUCCUUCUCUCUUCUCCUCCUCUUUUACGUCUACAACACUUUAUACGUAAAAAGAAAACAAAGUGAGAAAGGACAAAACUAAAACGCACGCGUCGCGUAUCUUUCUCCUCAACUUUUGUAUUCUAAAUUCUUGGGUUUUCUUUUUUCAUUCGUGCCGUUCUUAAAUUAUGAAAGUGAUCUAAAUUGGAAAACAUUUGAUAAUAAGUUGAUUUUAUGAUUUUCAUUUAUAUUAACAUUACUUUUAUCAUAUUAAUUGUAAAUAAUUUUAAUAUUUUACACCGCGUGUUUUUUAUCAUUAUUGAUAAAUCAACUUUUUUUUGUUUCACUCGAACACGCCACUUAGAUAAAUUUUAUUGGGCACAUAUAUAAUUUCUCUUUCGCUUAACUUUUCGAUUCCCGAUCGACCGUAAUACCUCAAUACUGAGAAAAAGGAUACUAAAAGUGAUAUACUUAUCAACGUGCCAAUUAAAACGAGGGAGAGGGAAAGAAAAGGAAGGUUUAAAGGGGGUCGAUCGGUGAUAAACUUCAAUUCUAUUCGUUCGUUCGUUCGUUUGUUUCUUGUAUUUUUGAUUUUCUUUAAUCAUUCUUACAAAUUAUGUCAACGGUCUGCCAACACAACAAUGAUGACGAUUAUAACGAUAGAUUUAU